CUAAUGUAUGUGUAUGUGUGUGUGUGUGUGUGUGUGAGUGUGAGUGUGAGUGUGUAAGUAUGUGUCCAUUCUGUCUAAUCCCCAGUCUCACUUUCCCCGUGUGUAAUCCUCAGCCAGUUGGAUGGAGGCCAUGACAUCGGCAGGCAAAAAACACCAAAAUCUGUUAAAUUAACACUCUCAUUGCCUUUCCGGUGUGUGUGUGUGUGUGUGUGUGUGUGUGUGUGUCUGAGAGGAUGACUGUACGGACAUGUCACUGUGAUGGAGGACAUGUACGCAGGUGUGUAGUGGAUUAAGUGAGUGUCAGGUGGUUCAGCUAAUCAGCUGCCAUGUCGAAUAGCGUGAAGCCACUUGUCCCUCCCAUAAUCCUCCUGGAGGGGGUGGAGGAGGUUCUCAUGGGGGACACAGAGGAUGUGAUGAAGACGCAGCGCUCAGGUGCUGGUACACUUUUUAACAUUAACAACAGCAACAACAAUGAUGAAGGGGAGAAGAAAGAAAAAAAGAAGAAAGAAAAGAAGCAGAAAAAAGAGAAAAAAGAGAAGAAAGAAAAGAAGGAGAAGAAAGAGAAGAAGAAAGCCAAAGAGCAGGAGGAAAAAGAGAAGGAGAAGGAGAAGGAGAAAGCCAAGAAAGAGGCACCCAAGGAGAUUUAUGUGAUCGAUCCUGCAGGAAACAUGUACUACAACUGGCUCUUCGUCAUCACCUGUCCUGUCAUGUAUAACUGGGUUAUGAUCAUCGCCAGAGCCUGUUUUGAGGAGUUGCAGCACGAUUAUUUGAUAUUCUGGUUCAUCACAGAUUUUCUAGCAGACCUGGUUUACCUGGCAGACAUGGUGUUCAGGACGAGAACAGGGUACCUGGAGCAGGGCCUGCUGGUUAAAGAUGAAAAAAAGCUGCGAGAUCGAUACAUAGAGAGUAUCCAGUUCAAGCUGGACCUUAUUUCAAUGAUUCCCACGGACAUUUGUUACCUCCUUGUCGGGCUCAACUACCCUGAGAUCCGCAUGAACAAGCUCUUCAGGGUUAAUCGCCUCUUUGAGUUUUUCCAGCGCACGGAAACAAGGACCAACUUCCCCAACGUCUUCCGAAUCUCCAACCUUGUCAUGUACAUCGUCAUCAUCAUCCACUGGAACGCUUGCCUCUACUACUCGUUCUCCAAAGCUAUCGGGUUUGGCGCUGAUCGAUUCGUUUAUCCGGAUACUACAGACCCAGAAUUUGGCCGUCUGGUGAGGAAAUAUGCCUACAGCAUGUACUGGUCCACCUUGACUUUGACCACCAUUGGUGAAACUCCGCCUCCUGAGAAGGAUUCUGAGUACUUCUUUGUGGUUACAGAUUUUCUAGUGGGUGUUUUGAUUUUCGCUACAAUCGUCGGUAACGUGGGUUCCAUGAUCACAAACAUGAACGCAGCGCGAGCGGAUUUUCAAGCCCGGAUUGACGCCAUCAAGCAAUACAUGAGUUUCCGUAACGUGACCAAGGAUUUGGAGAAACGUGUCAUCAAAUGGUUUGAUUACCUUUGGACCAAUAAGAAGGCUGUGGAUGAGAGGGAAGUUCUCAAGUAUCUUCCAGACAAGUUAAGAGCAGAAAUUGCCAUCAAUGUGCACCUGGACACUCUGAAGAAAGUCAGAAUCUUUGCAGAUUGUGAGGCAGGACUUUUAGUGGAACUUGUGCUAAAGCUCCAGCCGCAGGUUUACAGUCCUGGUGACUACAUUUGCAAAAAAGGUGAUAUUGGCCGUGAGAUGUACAUCAUCAAAGAAGGAAAGCUUGCUGUGGUAGCUGAUGAUGGAAUCACACAAUUCGUUGUCCUGAGCGACGGAAGCUACUUUGGUGAGAUCAGCAUCCUCAAUAUCAAAGGCAGCAAAGCAGGAAACAGAAGAACGGCCAACAUACGCAGCAUCGGAUAUUCAGAUUUGUUCUGCCUUUCCAAGGAUGACUUGAUGGAGGCGCUGACCGAGUAUCCGGAUGCAAAGGCUAUGCUGGAGGAAAAGGGGCGGCAGAUCCUCAUGAAGGACAACCUGUUGGACCUUGAGGUGGCAAAGCAAGGACCAGACCCCAAGGACAUGGAGGAGAAAGUUCUAAAGAUCGGCACGGUGUUGGACGACAUGCAGACGCGUUUCGCCCGUUUACUCGCUCAACACGAGGCCACGCAGAGCCGCCUGAAGAGACGCGUUGCCAAACUGGAGACCAAAAUCACCCCUCCACCGGGAUCACCUUCACCGAGACGACUGGAACAGAGGAGAAGAAAGAAGAGAAGUAAAACAGUGAUGGGAAAGAGAAGUGACUCUGUGGAUUUCAAAACAGCAAACGAGGGGGUUAAAUAAAAAUGGACAUUAUAAAGAAGAGAGAGAAAGAGUUUAAAAGUUUUACCAGACACUGUUAAAACAAAGCUUUCAUUUCAUGUGAACAAAGAAUCCAAACUAAAUCCAGAACUAUUCUGUAUCCCGUGAAAUGAUUGUAGUAUUUUAUUGCCAUCUGAAGCAUCAUCACGUUUUUAAUUAGACAAACGUAACAAAACUUAUAACACCAUUGUAUGGGUUGUAUUAUAUUGAAGGUGUUUAAACUGUAAAACAUUUGAUUUCUUUUGGACAUGUAUGUAUAGAUAUUUUAAUUCAAAAUCUGAAUGAGCUCUAAACUGUUUGACAACAAAUAAAUUAUUGUGUGAAAUUUUA